AAAGUCUAAACAAAUUGCUUAAAUCUCUCUCUCACUCUAAAGAAGAAGCAGCGGCAGAGCUGCAGUUUCCUCUCUUUCUCUGUUUCCUCCAAAGCCUAGUUCGGCUCCUCGCCCAAAUUAAGAUAUAUUUCUUAUUUCAUAAUCAUUUUCUCACAUAUUCUCUGUUACAAUUUUUUUUUUUUUUUUUUUUUUUUUUUAGAUUUUAGUUCAAAGUUUGUUUGGCAUAAAAAAAGUUUGAGGGUGUUCCUAAUUUUUUUGAGGGUGUUCAUCAUUUUUUUUAAGGAUAGAUAAAUAAAAAAUUUUAAAUUAUUACAUAUAAUUUUUUUUUUCUUCAGAGGUCAGGGUGUUCCUGGGAACACCCUGAACCAAACGUAGCGUCGCCACUGAGAGUCUUACUCUUUUAGUCUUUAUACAUACAAUUAUUUUUAUUCCACAUAUUUUUAAGCAAGAAAAAAAGAAAAAAGAAAUCUAAACACACUUGAAGUAAUCUUAUUUUAUCAGAUAGUGUAGCAUUCCUGCACUUUGGACUAGUAAGUUAAUUACCCUGUUAUACAAAAUAUCUUUUCUACACUUGAUUGUCAAUUAUCUUUUUAUUUGUGACAUAAUAAAAGAAUAAUGACAGAAAAUUUUUUCUCCACUACUUAGAUUUCAUAUAUUAGUCUUUGACUUCAGUUUCCCAACUUAGAUUUCAUAUAAAUCCCAACUCUUUCAGCCAAGCACAAUGCAUGUUGAUCAAUUCUCAACAUUUUUAUAUCCAUUUUUCUAAUGAAUAUUCUAUGUCCAACUUCAAUGUCUUACUCUUACUCAAUCUUUGUUCUUCUUAUCUUCUUAUGUUUCUUUGUAAAUCCUUUUCUUUCUGACCCAAGAAUCACACACACUACUGCCAUAUGCAGCAACAGAACUGCCUCAAUUCCUGAGCGCGAAAGCUUCAUAGCAAACUUCUUGGCAACCAUGGUUACAGCUACCCGUCUAGUUGCUACACAAAGAUAUGCAGCAGUGGUGAAUGGGACAGGUAAUACCACAGUUUAUACGUUUGGUGAGUGCAUGAAAGAUCUCUCUCAAACAGACUGUAAUCUCUGCUUUGCACGGUGCAAGAAUUUGGUCCAAAUGUGCGGUCCAUUUUCAAGAAGCACACGUGGUGGCAGGCUUUUCUUGGACGGGUGUUAUGUUAGGUACGAUGAUUACUCUUUCUUCAAUGAGACUUUGGAUGUGCAAGACACAACCGUGUGUGAGACACAAGAUUUUGUGGGGAGCCAUACUGUUUUUGCCGCUAAUGUAAAAGUGUUGAUGAGGAAUUUGAGCGUGGUAGCACCUAAGAAUGAUAAUUUCUUCGUGGGGUUUGUGAAUAAAGGAUAUAUUACAGUUUAUGGGUUGGCUCAGUGUUGGGCAUCAGUAAGUGGGAGUGCUUGUGAGGAUUGCUUGGCCAAGGCGGUCUCUAACAUUGGGUCAUGUACUCCAAAGGAAGAAGGGAGGGUCUUGAAUGCUGGUUGUUACAUGAGGUAUUCCACUCAAAAGUUUUAUUAUAAUUCGAGUGAUCUGGUUGGAGGACAUAUUCAUGAAAACCUCUCUGCUAUUACUUUGGCUGCAACGACUUCAGCUUUGGCUCUCGUGUUGAUUAUCACAACUGUUGUUAUUAUUGCGAGGAAGAAUGUAUUGAGGAAGAGGAAAGUGAGAAAGCAAUUAGGAGGUCUGUUGUCCAGCUUAUACAAGUCCAAACUCAAUUUUUCAUAUGAAAGUCUGGAAAAGGCGACAAAUUACUUCCACAAUUCCAAUAAGCUCGGACAAGGAGGUUCUGGUUCAGUUUACAAAGGAAUUUUACCAGAUGGAAAGGUUGUUGCUAUUAAGAGGCUCUUCUUCAAAAAUCCACAAUGGGUGGAUGAUUUCUUUAAUGAAGUCAAUUUGAUCAGUGGCAUCAAUCAUAAAAAUCUAGUGAAGCAGUUAGGAUGCAGCAUUACAGGUCCUGAAAGCCUUCUUGUUUAUGAAUAUGUGCCAAAUCAAAGCCUUCAUGACCACUUUUCUGUUAAAGAGAAUCUUCGGCUGCUAAGGUGGGAUGUAAGGUUUAAGAUCAUAUUGGGAACAGCUGAGGGCUUGGUUUAUCUUCAUGAGGAAUCAAAUUUGAGAAUUAUCCAUAGAGACAUAAAAUUAAGUAAUAUUCUUCUUGAUGGGGAUUUCGAGCCAAAGAUUGCAGAUUUUGGACUUGCUAGAUUAUUUCCAGGAGAUAAGACUCACAUAAGCACUGAGAUUGCUGGCACACUAGGUUACCUAGCUCCGGAGUAUAUUGUUCAUGGCCAGUUAACUGAGAAGGCAGAUGUUUAUAGUUUUGGAAUUCUUGUCCUUGAAGUUGUAUGUGGAAAGAGGAAUAAUUCAUUUUCUCAAAAUUCUCAUUCUAUCCUACAAAUGGUUUGGAAUCUUUAUGUAGCGAGUAGGCCAUGUGAAGCAGUUGAUCCAGAAUUAGAGGCUAAUUUUCAAGAAGUGGAAGCAUCUCAAUUACUUCAAAUAGGCUUACUUUGUGUACAAGCAUCUGCAGAACUGAGGCCAUCAAUGCCAGUAGUUGUGAAAAUGCUAACUCAUAGUCAAGACAUUCCUCAACCAACACAGCCACCAUUUCUUAAUUCUAGCAUUAGAGAAGCUAACCAAAUUGUUCCACUUAGAGCUUAUAAUUUUCAGCUCGAUUCGGACACCCAGACUUCAGGGAACAGCAUGACAGAAAGCUUGAUUGAUCCUAGAUGAACAUUUAUUUUAUUCACUUUUUCAUGGGAACCCAUGUCACCAGGUGUUGCUGUUGCCAGCUUGAAAUUCCUAGCUUUCCAGUGUGUUCCUUCUUGAAUUAGUACAGAGGAGAUUCUUGCUCAAAGAGGCAGAGCUCAGAUGGCUCAAGUGACUAGGUCAGGUAACAGUCCUUGGGGAGCCUAAUGAAGAUCAUAAUUCAUAGGAUACAAAGUGAUCCAGGGCUAUGACCUGUACCAGGUGCUAAAAUACUGAUAUAGAAUUAGAUUGUUGUCUAUUUUCUUGAUAUUCUAACAAUAUGGGUAGUGCUAAAUGCCACAUCCUACAUGAAAAGAGUUGCUUAUUACUCUUCUACAAUGCAUAUACAAGAAAAUUAGAAAACCUCACGGUAUUGAAAUAUUAAGAAACCAUAGAACUUCAUGGAUAUGACGCCUUGUAUUCAAGUGUUCAAUGCCAUUCACACUUCCUCUUC